AUGAAACAAUUACCAAAAGGUGAUUUACCUAUAAAUCCACUAACAGAUUAAUCUAUUGAAGAAUAUAAAUAUCCUCUUUAAACUAAUCAAAAUUUAAUGGAAACUGUUCAAUCUCAUUCAUCAUUUAAACCUUAACUUUAAAAACAUUAAGAUUUGUAUGAAGAAUUGAUUCGAAAAGCAGAAACAGGCAAACCAGAAUAAAAACAAUUAAAAUGGAGAACUAAUAUUCAUUUAAGAUUAAAUGAAGAAUAUAAUGAACUUUAAUAAAAAAAAGAAUAAUUAAAAGUGAAUUAUUAAUAGUUAGAAUUAUAAUAAUGCCCAUUCUAACCAUCAAUAAGUAAUAAAAGUAAAUAAAUUGGAUCUUAUUUUGGUUCUUCUCCUCGUUAUUUGUCACCAAAAUCUUUUUAAACUUAGACAUUCUUAACUUAAAAUAAAGAAAUAAAACAAUCAUGUAGAAAAAGUAAUAAGGAGAAUAAUCCAUAAAAUAUAUGGGAUAGAUUAUCUAAAUAGAAAGAAGUCCAUUAAACUCCAUAAUCUUUUUAAAUAUAACCUUAAUCUACAAGAACAUCUUAAAGACAUACUCCUGAAAGAAUAGAAGCUGUUUGCAAUCGCCUUUACGAAGAAGCUUUUUAACCUAAGAAAUUUAAAUUCAAUAACUAAGAAAUUCUAGCUGCAUCACCUAAAGUUACUAAUUAAACUUAAAGAUCUGAAAAACAUUUAGUCAGACAUUUUGUUAAAUAAUUUUAUGAAAGUAUUACAAAUGCUAGAAUUUGGACUCUAGAUCAUUUAGAUGAAAAUUUAAAUAAAAUUGACUUUAAAUUUGAAAUCGAAAAUGAUUUGUGUUUAUUGACUAUUGAUGAAUUAGCUAUAACUUUAGAUAAUCUUGGAUUUGCUCCAUGUUAAACUUAUGAUCAUACUAAAGAAGAUAAUAUUGUUUUCACUAUUUUUAGAGUCUUAAAAUGUCCGGAUGAAUUAGAUCUCAUUUUAUCCAGAAAUUUAUUAACUUUUUUAUUAGCUAUGUAAGGAUUUCAUGUAGAUUUCUAAUUAUUACCUAAAUAUAAUAAUAAUUAUAGUAUUUAAUUUCCAAAAUAUUAUAAAAAUGAUCUUGUUGAAUUUGAAGAUGGAAAUGUGAUAAUUUAAAGCUAAGAAAUAAUAUCCAAGUAAUUUAAUCAAUUAUAUGUAAAUUAUUUGGCUUAUAAAAAAUAAAACAAAAAAUCCUAAAUUUAAGAUUAAAAUUAAUAAUUUUUAUUAUUGAAUAAAUCUAAUUCAUAAACUAAUGAAUUAGCUAAUAAAUAUAGAGCAAGAGUAUAAUCAUAAAUAACAGAAACAAAACCAAUAAAUUUGAUUGACUAUGAUCAUUAUUAUUAAAUGAAAAAAGUAUAAUUAAAAUAGGAAAUUGAUACUAAUAUUAAACAAUAAUGUCCUUUUUCACCAAAAAUUAAUUCAACUCAAACUAGUCCUAGAUAUCAUUUGAAUAAAAAGAAAGUACUCUCACCAAAAUAAGAAGAAACUCCUACCUUUCAACCAAACUUAAAUAAAUCUUAAUUAUCUAAUAUGAAUGAUUAGAUUCCAUUACCAGAUCAAAGAGAGGCUAUAAAAAGAAUGGUUAAGGGGAGAAUAGAGAAAUAAUUGAACUAGAUUAUUAUAUCGUAAGGAACUUGUUAUUAAAAGAAAAGAAAAAACAUUGAAUAAUAACUUUAUCAAGAAGAAAUUAGUAAAUUAAUUUAAUAACCAAUAAUGUAUAUAAAUGUUGCUUUAGAAAAUAAUACAACUAAAAAAAUUGCUAUUUAUUAAGGAGAUCAACCUAGGAAGUUAGCAGAGAAAUUUGUCAAAGACAACAGAUUAGAUUCUAAUUUAAUAAAUUAGUUAACUUCACUCCUCCAAGAAUAAUUACAUAUUUGA